AUGGCAACAGUCUGUCUCGACAUCCAGAUCUUUUACAACCCCACUGUAGCGACAGGCCCCGAGCCUGCGAGCCGCGGUCCUCUGGUUCGGAAGGGGAAGCCUUCUGCAGCUAUCUUUGGGGCACCUUUACAUCCGCCACCGCCGCUCCAGGAUGCGCACGAUCCUCAACACAGCAGUGCUGGGAAGUCACAAGACAAUGCGGUCCUGAUCGCCAGUGGUGGCGAGUCUGAUGACGAUCUCGACGAUGGCCGAUCCAACGCGUCUUUCCCGCCGCUUGAGGAGCUACUAGCAGUUGCACAUAAUAAGGUUAAAUCCCGUAGUGCUAGCACAGGCAAAAGUGUCGACGGCAAAAGUGUCGACGGUGCUUCCAACAAGAGCGACGCGCCAGAGCCUUCAGUCACCAUUGGGCCUGGCCUAGACGACGAGUUUGCAAACCAGCAGCGACGGAGAGGUAGCCUAGGGCUCCCUUUGAAGUCAUUGGCGAGCUCUCCUGAGACUGCGCACGCGACGCAGACCCAACCCGUUCCGGCCGGCUGUGCUGCGUUUGAGCCAGGACAGGCAUCUACUCCCGACAACACCUCGCACAAUACCACUGUUCCAGAGACGGACGCUGCUUGUCUCACCGAACACGAUCCGAACAUCAUGCCGGUAGAACUCCCCGCUGUUUUCCUUCUUGGAGAUACUGGCCAGUGUAAGGUCACGUCUUCAACACCGUGCCAGUGGUAA